CUGAGAGUUGCUUGGACCAGUCUCAAUGGCCGUGAGCAAGGUCCCACAGUGUACAGAAGUUCCAGUGGGUGUUUGUCGUAUGCAUGAACAGGUCAACCAUGCAGUCAUGGAUGUAGUGUAGGCCUCUUGUCGAUAUCCUAUUGCAAGUAUUUGUUUUUCAGUCUCAGUAUCAGAUCAGUAAAGCUGUAGCAAAAGCUUCACUAUUGACUAUUAUGAUCUUGGAAUUUUAUUAAGACUGAUGGCAGUAGAGGACGCCAACAAGUGUCUUAGCGGCUGAAUAGAGAGUGAGCACCAUAUUGGCGGCCAGGGAAUGCAACAAGAGCCUGAUGCCGACGCGUAUUCCACGAUAAGACAAGAGUUGCCGUGUUCGCCGGCUAGCAGUGCCCGUCGCACCCUGGAGCUGCCUGGUUACCACAGCCUGGAUGUGUCUUGCUGCAGAGUGCCGUACCAUACGAGAAACAGCUGUCCCUCUUCUUAUGUUCUCCUGAUACCUGAAUGCUGCAGACUUGGAGGAAUUAAAGGCUGCUCGGCACCCAAAGAGAAGCCACUUCCCUGAAAUGCAGCAAUCAGUGCCUCGCCUGAUGAGCCCCAAGACUGUCCCUGUUAGUCACUUGCGACUGCUUGUUUAUCACAGGACCGCCACGCCCAAGUGGUCCCAGGAAAUGUUCACGUUUCACGGAUGUUUACACACUUCUAUCUCGUCACAAUAACAGUGAGGACUACUCUGCAUUAUCAAGACGCCAGCUAAAGCAUAUCAAUCGUGAUCAACUAGUUAGUGCAUUGGGAAUGCGUGGGGAAGAAGACAGUUCACACGCGUCGGUGCUCAAAUCCUGGGUGAAGUAGGAGUUUCGCAUCGCUGCUCUGCCUUCCGUUGGGAACGUACUGACCUUCAAUUAUGGUGACGAGAUACACCAUAGAUCAAAUCCUGUCCCGCGGCUCCUCGUCCUCGCCGCCCGCCACCCCCACUCCGUCCCCCACUCUCCUCUCCAGCACGUCCCACAGCCCUUUGUGGCGGCCCACUCCGCUGACCAAUGGUGCUCUCGAGACGAGCCACCACCUCACUGCGAACCGCAGAUACAAUGAGCCUCAUCACAGAGACGCCAGGACAGACUCCCUCACGACAGACGACGAGGAGGAGACACACAAGGGGAGGGAUAGCCGUGCCGAGGACGUACACCGUCUGGCCUGUCCUGUGCCCCUGCGUCCCCAGAUCAACCUACCUCUCUGCGACACCCCCGCACUGGAGGCCUUUGGGCUGCGACCUGACCUGAGCUACGCUGGGCUGGAGGGAGGCGUGUAUGGGCUGAUGCUUCGCCAGUACAUGGAGGCUCACUACCACCUAGGCGGGCCACGCUCCCUCUUGCCUCUAUCCUUCCAGGGAUACGAUUCAGGUCUGGUGAACUCUGUAGGGAGCGGGCGUACGCGGCGUCGCGGGGGCCAGGUAAGGUUCACCGCGCAGCAAACCCGCCAGCUGGAAACAUGGUUCGCGCGGCACAAGUACAUCACACCGGCCCAGAGGAAGACCAUCGCCAGGGAACUGACCCUACACGAGAAGCAGGUGAAGACUUGGUUCCAGAACAGACGCGCCAAAUGGAGGAAAGUCCAAGCUCAGGUUGGCGGUGAGGAGGGAGCUGUUGGUGGCGUGGAUGUAAGGGCCUCCUCCCCGGCCACCUCUCAUGACGGCAGUGAGAUUGACCCUGCGGAACACCACCUCGCAGGGGAAGGAGCCGAAGCAGCCUCCCGUGCUGACGACGCCACGCUGCUAUAAGAGAACUGAAGUGGAGAGCAGAAGAGUUACCGCCCCUCUUCCCUGGGACUGUGAGGUGCGGCCACUGUCGGUUGCAGGUGUGGGGUGGUGAUGGUGGUAGUGGUGGUAGACUGGUAGUGGUGGCAGUGGUGAUAAUGGUGGUAGAGGGGAGUUGUAAAGUCAUAAAAUUCUGGCCUUCACUAUUCUAUGUUACCUUUUCUUGGCGGAAUGUCGCGUGUUGUGUAAUUAUUAUCGCUCGUGUCUGUUUUGUCUUAUUCCUGUAGAUGAUAACACAAGUAGCGCUAGUGGUGAGAGUAAAGGUUUAUUUAACGCAUGCACUGUCUUACUAACACUGACUGACAGAGUAGCAGCGAGGAAGAGGGAAGACGGGAGAGACAACAACCAAGUGGCAGAAAUAAACACGAAUAAAAUUAUGGCACAAACAACAAACUUAUUCCCAAAUUAUUGAUAACUUUUUCGGCUACAUUUUUUUUUGGGGGUGGGGGGACUCCUUCAGUGGGCCUCUUUAUUUGUUGUUAUUUUUCUACUUUUAUCUUUGUAAGGAUUCCGUUCUUACAUAAAGUAUCAAUUCUGGACUUU